AUGGAAAUAAUAUCUCCGGCUAACAGUGCUAAAUGCUCAAAAAAAAUAGCUUUUUCCUCCGCCGAAAAAGAACUAAUCAUAAGUUUGGUAAGUGAACGUCCCAUUAUUGAAAACAAACAGACAAAUGCCCGAAACAUUGAGCUCAAGAGGGCGGCAUGGGACGAAAUUGAAAAUGCCUACAAUGCAGUACCUUUUGUGGUCAAGAGAACGGCAUUACAGCUAAAGAGAUGCUGGGAAAACAUAAAAAGUUGUCGUAAGAAGGAGCUGUCAAUGGAAGUCGGCAGUUUAUUACAGACUGGAGGUGGAGUUGGUGAAGCGGGCACUACAGAAAACGUCAUAGACAGUAUUUGCCCAUACAUUAAUCUGACUGUACCUGGAGUCAUUGACUCAAACACAGAAGAGAAAGUCCUAGUAAACCUGAGUUCUGUGGAAAUACAUGCUCCAGAGAAAAUAGAUAAGGAAAACCAAUAUGAUAAUGAGGUCAUAGAAAGUUUAAAAUUAAGCAAGAGCAAAAGAGGAUUAUUUCCUUUAAAAACAUUAACAGAUAACAAUGGUAAGCUCUCCAGUGAAGUCCAAGUGCGGGUAAAGCGGUGCAAGGAGAAUAUAGAGCAGGAUUCAGAAUUACAUAAAUUGAGAGUCCAGAGGGAAAAAAUAUUGAUAAAAAAAGAAGAAAUAUUAUUGGAAAAAGAGUCACAGCAAGCCACAUUUCAAAUAGAAAAAAACAAUUUAGAAAUCAAGAAACUUAAGUUAGAAAUAGCAUUAUUGGAAAAAAAAAAAAUUAAUUUAUUCAAAGUCCCUGUAAAAAUUGUUUUAUUUACAUGA